ACUUCUACCUAACCGCUUCUGAGUCCUUUUCACGCGGUCCGGAUAUCGUCAAGAUGUUCACGGCUAAUGCUAAAAUAAUAAAGAGUGGUGGAGCUGAACCAGAUGCCUUCGAAGCAAGUAUUUCUCAAGCUCUUUUAGAGCUAGAAAUGAAUAGUGAUUUAAAAUCACAGUUGAGAGAACUUUACAUCACUAAAGCACGCGAAAUAGAAACUAAUAACAAAAAGUGCAUUAUUAUAUAUGUACCUAUGCCAAAGCUGAAGGCUUUCCAAAAAAUUCAAACAAGACUUGUACGUGAACUGGAAAAGAAAUUCUCUGGAAAACAUGUAAUGUUUGUUGGUGAACGUAAAAUUCUACCUAAACCAACAAGGAAAACACGUACUAAAAAUAAGCAAAAGAGACCAAGAAGCCGUACUUUGACUGCUGUAUAUGAUGCACUGUUAGAAGAUUUGGUGUAUCCCGUAGAGAUUGUUGGAAAACGCAUUCGAAUUAAACUUGAUGGUACACAGCUCAUCAAAGUUCAUUUGGACAAAAAUGAACAAACAAAUAUUGAACAUAAGGUUGACACCUUUGCUGCUGUGUAUAAAAAAUUAACAGGUCGGGAUGUAACAUUCGAGUUUCCAGAAACCUAUGUAUAAUUUGUUAAAAAAAUAAAAAUAUUUGAAAUACA